AUGGCAUCCAACGCGGGCAUGGAACCUUUCCGACUUGCUGCUAUCAUGAAGCCAAGUCUCCAUAUUGAGGCAUGCCUCGUAUAUUUGGUGAACCUGAUUAUUAGCUGUAAUGCGUUCAAUGUUCAAGAUACUAUUGUUGAAGAAGGAUGGUAUAUCUGCAUGGCGUUGCUGGCAAUUGUGUUCUUUGUUGUUAGUUACGUGUUAGUUACCCGUUCAACAGAGAUGUUUCGUAUGGUUAAAGGGGAAAACAGAACAAAAGAACAUGAAGCCUAUGAAAGUCCUGUGCCGGAUGGCAAACAGCAAGCCACUUUGGAAAAUGGCGAACAACCAUUAACUAUGGGAGAAGGCGAACAGCCAGUUACUGUGGGAGAUGGUGAACAGCCAGUCACUGUAGGAGAUAGCGAACAGCUAGUCACUAUGGCAGAUUGCAAACAGCCAGUCACUGAGGGAGAUGGUAAACAACCAGUCACUGUAGAAGAUGGCGAACAACUGGACACUGUGGUAGAUGGCAUGCAGCCAGUCACUGUGGGAGAUGGCAAACAUGAAAAGCGAGUCGCUGUAGGAGAUUUUAAACAGCCAGUCACUGUAGGAGACAGAGACCAAACAGCCACUAUGGGAGAUGGCGAAAAGCCAGUCACUGUGGGAGAUGGUGAACAACGAGUCACUGUGGGUGAUGACGAACAGGCAGUCGCUGUAGGAGAUAGCAGACAACUAGUCCCUGUGGGAGAUAGAGAACUACCAGCCACUAUGGGACAUAGUGGACAGCCAGUCGCUAUGGCAGAUGGUAAACAUCCAGUUACUGCGGGAGAUGACAAACAGCCAGUCAUUGUAGGCGAUGUCAAACAGCCAGUCACUGUGGGAGAUGGCGAACAGCCAGUCGCUGUGGGAGAUGGUGAACAGCCAAUCACUGUGGGAGAUGGCGAACAGUCAGUCAAUGUGGGAAAUGAUGAACAGCCAGUCACAGUGGGAGAUGAUGAACAGCCAGUCACUCCAGUCACUGUGGGAGAUGGUGACCAGCCAGUCACCUUGGGAGAUGGUAAACAGACAGUUACUGUGGGAGAUCGUGAACAACCAAUCACUGUGGGUGAUGGCGAACAGCCAGUCCCUGUAAGAGAUGACGAAAAGCAAGUCGUUGUGGGAGAUUGUAAACAGCCAGUCACUGUGGAAGAUAGAGGACAACCAGCCACUAUGGGAGAUGGCGAACAGCCAGUCACUGUAGAAGAUGAUGAGCAGCCAGUCGCUAUGGAAGAUGGCGACAAGCCAGUCACUGAAGGAGAUGGUAAACAACCAGUCACUGUAGGAGAUGGCGCACACCCGGUCACUGUGGGAGAUAGCAAACUGCCAGUCACUGUGGGAGAUGGUGAACAGCCUCUCACUGUGGGAGAUAGCGAACAACAAAGUACUGUAGGAGAUGGCAAGCAGCCAGUCACUAUGGGAGAUGGUAAACCGCUAGUCACUGUGGGAGAUGGUGAACAGCCAGUCACAGUGGGAGAUGGCAUGCAGCCAGCCACUAUGGGACAUGGCGAACAGCCAAUCGCUAUGACAGAUGGCGAACAGCCAGUUACUGCGGGAGAUGGUAAACAGCCAGUCACUGUGGUAGAUGGUAAACAGUCAAUCACUGUGGGAAAUAGUGAAAAGCAAGUCGCUGUAGGAGAAUGUAAACAGCCAGUCACUGUGGGAGAUAGAGAACAAACAGCCACUAUGGGAGAUGGCGAAAAGCCAGUCACUGUAGCAGAUGAUGAGCCGCCUGUCACUAUGGCAGAUGGCGAAAAUCCAGUCACUGAGGGAGAUGGUAAACAGCCUGUCACUGUGAGAAAUGGUAAACAACAAGUCAAUUUUGUAGAUGGUAAACAAACAGUCACUGUGAAAGAUGGUAAACAGCCAGUCACUGAGGGAGAUGGGGAACAGCCAGUCGCUGUGGAAGAUGGUGACCAGCCAGUCACUUUGGGAGAUGGUAAACAGCCAGUCACUGAGGGAGAUGGGGAACAGCCAGUCACUGUGGACGAUGGUGACCAGCCAGUCACUUUGGGAGAUGGUAAACAGGCAGUCACUGUGGGAGAUCGUGAACAACCAAUCACUGUGGGUGAUGGCGAACAACCAGUCAAUGUAGGAAAUAGCAAACAGCCAGUCCCUGUAGGAGAUGGCGAAAAGCAAGUCGUUGUGGGAGAUUGUAAACAGCCAGUCACUGUGGAAGAUAGAGGACAACCAGCCACUAUGGGAGAUGGCGAACAGCCAGUCACUGUAGAAGAUGAUGAGCAGCCAGUCGCUAUGGCAGAUGGCAACAAGCCAGUCACUGAAGGAAAUGGUAAACAACCAGUCACUGUAGGAGAUGGCGAACAACCGGUCACUGUGGGAGAUAGCAAACAGCCAGUCACUGUGGGAGAUGGUGAACAGCCUCUCACUGUGGAAGAUAGUGAACAAACAGGUACUGUGGAAGAUGGUAAACAGCCAGCCACUCUGGGAGAUGAUGAACAGCCAGUCGCUGUAGGAGAUGGUGAACAGCCAGACACUGUGAAAGAUGGUAAACAGCCAGUCACUGAGGGAGAUGGUAAACAGCCAGUCACUGUGGAAGAUGGUAAGCAGCCAGUCACUGUGGGAGAUGGCAAACAACCAGUCACUGUAGGAGAUAGCAAAGAGUCAGUCAAUGAGGGAGAUGUUGAACAGCCAGUAACUGUGGGAGAUGGUGAUCAACUGGAAAGUAGCCAGCCUUCUUCUUCUAGAACAACACAAUAUAAUCAUUCGCCAGAAACAAAAUAUAGUGUCAGAGAUGGUGAUAAGACUGUGGAAUAUGAUGAACCGCGAGUAAUUGGGAGAGAAUCUGAACAUCCAGCCACUUUGGAAGAUAACAUUACUGCAAGGAAAGAGGAGCAGCUAGGGAUGGAUAGUAGGAUUCGGGAAUUAGGUAUUCAGACUCUUAUAGAAGAUAUCAUUUAUAUACAGCAAUCGUCACGUUGUGAAAUUGGGAAUAUGGGAACAAAAGUCGUUUGCACUGGUGGCGUUGAGUUAGGAGUUCAAUUUUUUAUUCGGUCAAGAGAAAAUGGAGCCCCUUCCAAAGCUGAGAGAAUUGAAAAGCAUGUCAUAAAGAUCAAUGAUGAACCUGUACAAAGUAUAUCCUUUACUGAAGCCAAAGCUAUAUUAGAAAGUUCGGAAAAACCUUUGUCCUUGGUCUUCAAGAAUGAAGUGAAAAUUGCAGAACAGAGUAUCCUACUUGGUGACAUUGAUCGACAAUAUAUGAUAAAUGAUAAAAGGACCAAAUCAGUUAUUAGUCAUGCACUCAUAGUUGGGCAUGAAUGGUGGCCACACAAUAGUGAUAUUUCUCUUGCACUCAUUCAAAGAGACAUAGCAACUACAUUGUCUAAAGAGAUAAGUACAGUGCACUGCAUGGUUUUGGCAGCUACAGAUGAAGAAAUCGCAGAUGCUAGACGUUUUGGGAUACAGCUGGUCCUACCAAUGCCACAGAGUCAUUUGGAACAUGAAUCACCCACUAAUAGCUGGUUGGUGCAUCCGGAAUCCUACUUUCCUCACCUAAAAGAAAUGAAACAUAUCAAAAUCAUUGUUGGUCAUGCUUGCAAAGAUGGUACCGUGGAUGCUGCAAGAUGUAUUCAGCGUAAUGUAUUUCCAAGUGCCAAACUUGCAAUCUUCAACCACUUCAUCCCAGAAGAUACAACAGCAAAACCUUGUGAACUACAAACAUUAUACAAUAAAGUAGAGGAAUAUGCUAAAUAUUCAGACAUAACAGUAUCAAUUGGUUCAAGAGUAUAUCGUCAUUUUGUAAACAAAUACCGAGCUGUUUCUGACACACCACAUUACCUAUACUAUCCAGGUAUUCACGAAAUAUUUUUGGAUUGUAAAAUUAAGGAACCAGAUGAUAGCCAUGACAUUGAAGUUCUUUCUGUAUACUCCUCUUCCGCAUCUGAAUCACUCCAAGAUUAUGACCCAGUCAUCCGUGCCAUGGGAGAAGUAGCUGAUCAUUUUCAAGACCAAUGUCAUUCUGUGCCUUCUUGGAAAUUUCGUAAGGAGGAUGUAUCUACAGAAGAUAGGAACUAUCUAGAAAACAAAGCAAAAUCGACCAACCUCAAAAUCAAUCUGUAUCCCAAAGGCUCUAUUUCUGACAUUAGCACAGAUUUCAAGCAGUGUCAUCUUGUGGUACAUGGUCCCAAAAGUGACCCAUUCGGUGUUGUAAGCCUAGCUGCUAUGGCAGUUGGAGUUCCCACACUUGUCAGUAAAGAGACCGGCAUUGCAUAUUUUAUUAAAGAAAAUCUUCCAACAUUUUCUGAUAUUGUUGUUGAUGUUGGCCAACGUGAGGAUGAAACCAAAGCGGUAAACGAAUGGAAAAUGAGGUUGCUGAAAAUUCUAAACCAAAAGAAAUUUCCCAGAAUCUUUGAACGAGCAAAAAGGCUUAGCAAAGAAAUGAAGAAGUGCACUCGGGAUGUCAUAUCUAAAACGCACAACAGACUCCAGAGUUGGUGCCAAAGUGUUGUAAGUGACCCAGCAGCACAAAGUCAAGCGCCAUUAUUCACUGAUCGAAAGAAUACUGCAUUAGACAAAGAAGAAAUAAUGGAUGCGGUUACCCUGAUAGGUGAUGAAGUGUCACUUAAUGAUGUUUGUCGUGAAAAAGGACUGAAAACGCCAACUACAUUUUGUCUUCAGAUUCGAGUAGACCUCGAACAACCAAACCAAGACAAGAUUAAAGCAAACACAUUGAAGGAAGCACUGGACAAGUAUCAUGAUAUCAUUCAUGAUCUUUGCACUGCUGAUAGCAUUAGAAGGCAACAAUUGAAGACGCUCUUAAAACAACAGUAUAACGCAAUAUUGACAAUGGUUGACCAUGGUUCUUUGUUGCUGAAUCUUCUCUUUUUGUCUGUGGAAGAUAAAGAUUAUUUUCAACAUCAGUGCGAGACCGGUGAAGUGAAAAAUGUGAUAUCUGGUAUCCUUAUCACACAAGCAAUGCGGCAAAUCUUUGAUGAUGCUGAUGUUUCUGCAACCAUCAGUGUAAACAUCUUGCAUUCAAAUGAAAUUAUUUCAGUAAAUAAUACAAAAGAACAUGGUAAUGUGUAUCCUACAGACGUUCCUGAAACGACAACUGCAUUUUCUGGUUACUAUGCUGUCCAUACAAAUGAGAUUGAAUUUCAAGUCCGAGUUGGGUCGUAUGUUUCAAUUGAGAAUGAAGAACAUGGUAUGACAAAAGGAACACUGCCUGUCUUCAAAAAUAUUCAAUCCAUAGGUGACCUUUCAUCCGUAAUGAAAUAUUUCAAAAGAGGGAAUGGUUACAGUGUCAACAAUUUCACUGUAACCAAUCAUUCACUAAGACUUGUGAUUGAAUGUUCAAACUCCAAGGCAUUUAGUUUGUUAUGGAAUUCAUAUAAAGAGGGAAACAUCAAUAGAUUAUUCCAGAACGACAUUGUGACAAGCAAUGUUAUCGAAGAUUUAGGUGCAAUAGAAAUUGUAUUGGAGACAAGUGUUGAAACAUGGAAUUACGAAAGAUGUAUUUCCAAAUUUGGCAUUCCUGACCUAAAUGAUGUGAGUGAUUUGAGUUCAAGAAAGGCAGGUGAAGAUAGUAAAGAAAUGAGGUUGUCAACCGACAAAGAAAUUUCACAUCAAGACAAUUUUGAAAAAGAGAUAUAUGAUGUACCACUUCUUCAUGAUGCUGCGGUAAAUGAUGAUGUUGAAUUAGUACAAGAUAUACUACAUUCUGGGGCAAAUGUAAAUGAGCUAUCAAUGGAUGGUAGAACUGCACUUCAUGUCUCAUCUGAAGCUGGAUGUAUCAACGUUGCAAGAUUCCUACUUCACCAUGGAAUUAUUUGGGAGGCUAUUGAUAAGGAUGGAUAUACAGCUCUGGAUUUAGCAAACAAUAGAGGUCAUAGUGUAAUUGCAAACAUGAUAGAAGAACAAGAUAAAUGUUCCCAGAAUAGCCAUGUCUCUAAAGAUAAUUCUGUUACACAGAUACAUAGGAUUCCCUCACAUGAUGUAACUUCAGAUAAACAUUCGCAGCUGGAACAAGAAUUUCUGAUGUCCAGGGAAAGUACAAGAUCUGUGAAAUCAACUAUUCCUUUACAUGUGGCUGCCGAGGAAAAUGAUGCAGAAUUGGUUUUGGCCCUAUUAAUGCCAGGCGAAGAUGUUGAUGUAAGAUCUUCAAAUAGUGAAACUGCUCUUCAUAUUGCAUCUUCAUCGGGAUCCCUUGAUGCUGUACGAGUGUUAAUUAAUAAUGGAGCUGGUAGACGCAGUAAUAAGUUAAUAACACCUAAACUGACAAAGAACUUGUUUCUUUGCUGUGUGAACGUUUGCGUUAUGGGAUUCUAUUUCCAUCACAAGGAAGGCUGGAAUGCUCUUCACAUGGCAAGCUCAGCGGGACAUGCUGAAGUUGUGAGGUUUCUUUUACAGUCUUCUGUUAAGAAGAAUGUACACACCAAGGAUGGCGCAACAGCUCUUCACUGGGCAAGUUUUAAUGGUCAUAUUGAUGUAGUAAAAAUUCUGUUAAAUUCGCCCGUAAUUAAAGAUGCCAAGAGCAAGGAUGGUUUCACAGCUCUUCAUGCAGCAAGUCAAAGUGGACAAGUUGAAAUUGUAAAACUUUUACUAAAUGCCUCCUUUGACAAGAAUGCCAAAACUAAGAAAGGACGUACAGCUCUUCAUAUAGCAACUCAGUGUGGGAGAAUUGAGGUGGUGCGAGUUUUGUUAGCAGCAUCAGUUAAAAGGAACGUUGGAGACCAGAGAGGUUGGACAGCCCUUCACGUAGCAUGUCAAAGUGGACAAGUUGAAAUUGUAAAACUUUUACUAGAUGCCUCAAUUGAAAGGAAUGCCCAAACCGAGGAAGGGUUCACAGCUCUUCAUAUAGCAAGUCUAUUUGGGAAAAGUGAGGUGGUCCGAAUUUUGUUAGCAGCAUCCGUUGAAAAAAACAUUCAAGAUCAGUCUGGUUGGACACCUCUUCACACAGCAUGUGAAAGUGGGAAUUUUGCCAUAGUGAAACUGCUUCUUGAUGCGUCAGUUAAGAUUGAUGUCCGAGAAAAGGAAUGGUAUACAGCACUUCAUCUUGCUUGUCAAAAUGGAAAUGCAAAUGUAGUAAGAACUCUAUUAAAUGCAUCUGCUGACAAAAAUGCAAUUACAAAGAAUGAAUUUUUGACACCUCUUCAUUUGGCAAGCAGCGGUGGACAUAUUGAAGUAGUAAAAAUGCUACUAGAUGAAGCGGUCAAGUUGAAUCUUCAAUCCAAGAGGGGUGGUACAGCUUUUCAUAUGGCGUGUCUACAUGGACAUGUUCCAGUGGUUAAAGUGCUUUUGGAUGCAUCAGCUGAGAAAAAUGGCCAAAUAAAGACGAACGGUUCAACUGGUCUUCAUUUGGCUAGCCAUCGUGGACAUGUUAAUGUUGUGAAAUUGCUGCUGAAUGCAUCAAUUAACACGGAAAUUAGGACUAAGUUAGGACACACAGCCCUUCAUCUAGCUUGUAAGCAAGGCCAUGUAAAAGUCGUGAGUACCUUGCUGGAUGCUAAUGUUGAGAAGGAAAGAACCACUGAGGAUGGUUGGACAGGUCUACACUUUGCAUGUAAACAUGGGCAUGCUGCCAUAGUGAAAGUUCUACUGGAUGCAACUGCUGAAAAGGAUGCAAAGACUAGGGAAGGUCGGACACCUCUUCAUAUGGCGAGUAAGUUUGGUCAUCCUGAUGUAGUGAGAGUUCUGCUCGAUGCAUCCAUAAAUACGAAUAUUCCAGACAUGUUUGGUUACACCGGAUUGCAUUAUGCAUGCCAAUUUGGACAUGUUGAUAUUGUCAGAAUAUUAGUGAAUAAUGCAUCAGUUAAUAAAGAUGCGAAAAGCAAGGAUGGCGGAUCUCCUCUUUAUUUGGCUAGUUUAUAUGGACAUGUUGAGGUCGUGCGCGUGUUACUGCGUGCCUUGGUUAAUAAAGAUGCACAAACUAAGGACGGUUGGACAGCACUUCAUGUGGCAAGUGAUAAUGGAUAUAUUAGUAUUGUUCGAAUUCUACUAGAUGCAUCAGUGAACACAGAAGCUUAUAGCAGGAAAGAUACCAUAGGAGCACUCCAUUGUGCAAGCAAAAGUGGACAUGUUGAUGUAGUAAAACUUCUACUGGAGGCGCCAGUUGAAAAAGAAGCACAAUCGAAGGAUGGUUUGACAUCGCUUCACUUUGCUAGUAAAUAUGGAUGCACUGAAGUAGUUAAAGUGCUGCUGAAUGCACAUGUUAAUAAAAAUGCAGAAAGUAAGGAUAAAUGGACAUCACUGCAUUUUGCUGCUGCCUAUGGACAUGCAAAUGUGGUGGAGAUUCUUUUGAAUGCUGGGGUAGAAAAGGAUAACAAAACUCAGAAUGGUAUGACAUCUCUUCUUUUAGCAAGUCAGAAUGGACAUGUUGAUGUGGUGAGAUUACUACUAGGUGCAUCAGUCCAGACAUCACUACAAGAUAAGUACGAGCAAACAGCAGUUCAUAUGGCUAGUGCUAGUGGGUAUGAUGAUAUUGUCAAAACUCUACUAGAGUAUGGUGCUACUGCUCUUCACUUGGCAAGUCAAAAAGGGCAUGCUAAAGUGGUUCAAAUUCUUCUUGGUUCAUCAUUUGAGAAUAAUGCCCAAGAUAAGGAUGGUUUAACAUCACUUCACUAUGCUAGUAGAUAUGGACAUGCAGAUGUAGUUAGGAUGCUGUUGAAUGUACCAGUUAAUAAAGAUGCAAACACAAAGGAUAAAUGGACAUCUCUCCAUUUUGCUGCUGCCUAUGGACAUGUCAAUGUGGUGGAGAUUCUUUUGAAAGCUAGGGUACAACUGAAUACCCAAACUGAGCUUGGCCAAACUGCGCUCCAUUUUGCUAGUUAUCAUGGGCAUGGUGAUAUAGUGGAAAUCUUGCUGCGUGCACCUGUUGAUAAAGAUAUCAUGACCAUGGUAGUAUUGAUUGAAUUGUAUUUUACGAUAGCCAUCCCAUUCAAAGAACUAGAUGGAGUAACAUCUCUUCAUUUAGCAAGUCAGAAUGGACAUGUUGAUGUUGUAAAAUUACUGCUAAGUGCAUCAGUCCAAACAUCAGUGCAAAAUAAGAAUGGUUUGACGGCACUUCAUAUGGCAAGUUAUAAUGGGUAUGAUGAAGUGGUCAAAUCCCUACUGGAGGUAACACAGGAUAAGAAUUCUCGAGAUAAGUAUGGUGGUACAGCUCUUCAUGCGGCAUGUCGAAAUGGGCAAAGCAAAGUGGCUAGAAUUCUACUUGAUUCUUCAUUUGAAAAGAACGCCUUAGAUAAGUGUGGCGCCACCGCCCUUCAUCUGGCAAGUCAACACGGGCAUGGUGAAUUGGUUAGAAUCCUACUUGAUUCAUCAUUUCAGAAGAAUGCUAUAGACAAGUAUGCCAUGACAUCCCUACAUUUGGCAAGUCAAGAAGGAAAUAAUGACGUGGUAGAGAUUCUGAUAAAUGCAUCUGUUGAUAUAAAUGCAAAAGCCAAGGAUGACUGGACAGCACUUCAUUUGGCUAGUGAAAACGGCAAUGUUACUACUGUGAGUACAUUACUUGCUGCAGGAGUAAAAGCGGAUCUACAAACAAAGCAUGGUGGAACAGCUCUGCAUUUUGCAUGUCAAAAUGGUGAUGCCAGUGUUGUUGGGACACUAUUAGAAGCAUCCGUUGAUACAACUAUUGAAACCAAGGAUGGUUGGACAGCUUUUCAUUUAGCUUGUGGAAAUGGACAUGUGAAUGUGGUGAGAAUGUUAUUGGAUGCAUUAGUAGACAAGAAUGUACAAACAAAGGAAGGUUCAUCGGCACUGCAUUUGGCUUGUCGAAAUGAGCAUGUUGGUGUGGUAAAUGUGUUACUAGCAGCAUCAGUUGAGAAGAAUGUUGUAAACAAGGAUGGUUGGACAGCUCUUCAUUUAGCAAGUCAAAAUGGUCAUACGGGCGUAGUUGCAACGUUACUAAAUUAUUCUGUGGAACUUCAGUUCAAGACUAAGAAAGGAUGGACAGCCUUACACCUAGCAGCUGACAGAGGAUUUAUUGAUAUAAUACAAUUGUUAAUACAGAAGAAUGUUGACACAGAUGCACAUGACAUGAAUGGAUGGACCGCACUCCACUAUGCAUCUGCUAAUGGCUAUCCCGAUAUAGUAUCUAUACUUGUAAAUAAAAUGACCGAUAAGGAUGCCAAAGACAUUAACAAUCAAACCGCUUUGCAUCUGGCAGCUGAGAAUGGGCAUGUGAAUGUGCUUGAAAUAUUAUUAAAAGCAGGGCUUGUGAAGUCUGCAGUUGACAAGGAUAACAAGAAUCCGCUGGAUUUAGCCGUGGAUGCUGGUCAUAAUAGCAUUGCUGUUUUACAUCAAGGCACAGGAAGACCUGACCAAAAGGGAGAUGAUACUGUUUCCAUGCCAUCAGCUGUUGGUGAAGUUAACAGAAAUGUUUCACCCAGAAUACCAUUCAAUGAGAUUUUACAAGAAAUAAUUCCAUGUCUGCCAGUAUAUCUCCAAGACAGACCCCGUAACAAAGAAAUUCCAGAUGUGUAUAAUAUACUACAAACGUACGGCAGUAAAUUCCCAUUUACUGGAUCAAAUGCAAAUACAAUACAAUUUGUAUGCUAA